GGGGCAGGAGAAAGAGGAGGAGGCCCGCGUCGCCUCCGGCGGGGCUCGCGCUCGCCCCGCGCUCGCCCUCCGCCUUGCCCGAGCCCCGGGAGGGUGAAACGCUCUCUCCCGGCAUGCAGCGGGAAGAGGGAUUUAACACCAAGAUGGCGGACGGCCCGGAUGAGUACGAUACCGAAGCGGGCUGUGUGCCCCUUCUCCACCCAGAGGAAAUCAAACCCCAAAGCCAUUAUAACCAUGGAUAUGGUGAACCUCUUGGACGGAAAACUCAUAUUGAUGAUUACAGCACAUGGGACAUAGUCAAGGCUACACAAUAUGGAAUAUAUGAACGCUGUCGAGAAUUGGUGGAAGCAGGUUAUGAUGUGCGGCAACCGGACAAAGAAAAUGUUACACUCCUCCAUUGGGCUGCCAUCAAUAACAGAAUAGACUUAGUCAAAUACUAUAUUUCGAAAGGUGCUAUUGUGGAUCAACUUGGAGGAGACCUGAAUUCAACUCCAUUGCACUGGGCCACAAGACAAGGCCAUCUAUCCAUGGUUGUGCAACUAAUGAAAUAUGGUGCAGAUCCUUCAUUGAUUGAUGGAGAAGGAUGUAGCUGUAUUCAUCUGGCUGCUCAGUUUGGACAUACCUCAAUUGUUGCUUAUCUCAUAGCAAAAGGACAGGAUGUAGAUAUGAUGGAUCAGAAUGGAAUGACGCCUUUAAUGUGGGCAGCAUAUAGAACACAUAGUGUGGAUCCAACUAGAUUGCUUUUAACAUUCAAUGUUUCAGUUAACCUUGGUGACAAGUAUCACAAAAACACUGCUCUGCAUUGGGCAGUACUAGCAGGGAAUACCACAGUCAUUAGCCUUCUUCUGGAAGCUGGAGCUAAUGUUGAUGCCCAGAAUAUCAAGGGCGAAUCAGCACUUGAUUUGGCAAAACAGAGAAAAAAUGUGUGGAUGAUCAACCACUUACAAGAGGCAAGGCAAGCAAAAGGAUAUGACAAUCCGUCCUUCCUUAGAAAGCUGAAAGCUGAUAAGGAAUUUCGGCAGAAAGUAAUGUUAGGAACUCCUUUCCUAGUUAUUUGGCUGGUUGGGUUUAUAGCAGACCUAAAUAUUGAUUCUUGGCUCAUUAAAGGGCUAAUGUAUGGUGGUGUUUGGGCUACAGUACAGUUUCUUUCAAAAUCCUUUUUCGAUCAUUCAAUGCAUAGUGCAUUGCCCCUUGGGAUAUAUUUGGCAACCAAAUUCUGGAUGUAUGUGACGUGGUUCUUCUGGUUUUGGAAUGAUCUCAACUUUUUAUUUAUCCAUCUUCCAUUCCUUGCCAAUAGUGUUGCACUUUUCUACAAUUUUGGAAAAUCUUGGAAAUCAGAUCCAGGGAUUAUUAAAGCAACAGAAGAGCAAAAGAAAAAGACAAUAGUUGAACUUGCAGAGACAGGAAGUCUGGACCUCAGUAUAUUCUGCAGUACCUGUUUGAUACGGAAACCAGUGAGGUCCAAACAUUGUGGUGUAUGCAACCGCUGUAUAGCAAAAUUUGAUCAUCAUUGCCCAUGGGUGGGUAACUGUGUAGGUGCAGGCAACCAUAGAUAUUUUAUAGGCUACCUAUUCUUCUUGCUUUUUAUGAUCUGCUGGAUGAUUUAUGGUUGUAUUUCUUACUGGGGACUCCACUGUGAGACCACUUAUACCAAGGAUGGAUUUUGGACGUAUAUUACCCAGAUUGCCACGUGUUCACCUUGGAUGUUUUGGAUGUUCCUGAACAGUGUUUUCCACUUCAUGUGGGUGGCUGUAUUACUCAUGUGUCAGAUGUACCAGAUAUCAUGUUUAGGUAUUACUACAAAUGAAAGAAUGAAUGCCAGAAGAUAUAAGCACUUUAAAGUCACAACAACGUCUAUUGAAAGCCCAUUCAACCACGGAUGUGUAAGGAAUAUUAUAGACUUCUUUGAAUUUCGAUGCUGUGGCCUCUUUCGUCCUGUUAUCGUGGACUGGACCAGGCAGUAUACAAUAGAAUAUGACCAAAUAUCGGGAUCUGGGUACCAGCUGGUGUAGCAACAUCUUUAUCCUAUGAAGCAUAUUGCUGAGUGGUGCCUGAAAAUUGUGUCUGUCCGUGUCUCUCUCACACUCGAAUCCACAUCCUUUGAACAAGAGCAUGCUAUGUGUAGGGCUAACGGUGAAUUUUACAGUCUUUUUUUCAACACUUUUAUUAACAAAAGUAAACAUGGACAGAACACACUGCCAUUUCUGGGAAGAGUAAAGAUGAUAAAAAAUAAUUUUAAUGGUUCUUAAUGUGGAAAUUCACAGCAUACUCAACUUUUGGGUUUUGUUCUCACAGUAUUUUUCACAAAAAAGGUAAACUUAUUCUGUUGACAGACAUGAUGUACUGAUGAGAAAUGUUCAGUUUUAACUAAAACUAAAUUUUUGUUAUUUGGCUAAAUGUUAUGAUGCAGUCUA